UAUUGGCCGGUGAAGGAGGUCCGUCAUUUCCGGAGCGCGCGGGUUGAAGAAGCGGAGCCUGCUUCCCGGGCGGGGGAGCGACGGGCGGCCCAGAAAGCGUGUUCACAUUGUGAAAGAAGUUUGGUGAUGCCAAAUGAAACCACCCCUCUUCGAGCUGGAGCGGUAAAUGUCCCUUAUGGGCACGUGAUUGGCAACGAGAAAUGGAAAGGCUCCCAGAUCACUCAGGGAAUACAAGGGAAAGUUAAUCUGAUUUUAGAAGAUGGAUUGGGAAUUGUGGACUUCCACCUUUCAAAUAGAUCGUGUAUCCUUUAUAUUUCUGAAGCAGAUAUGGUUGCGGGAAAUGGCUUCAAAAGAAGACUUGUUCAAUUUAGAAAUGUAUGCAAUCUUCAAGGAAUUAUAAUAGUUGAAAAAACCCAGAUAAGUAACCAGUAUUUCCCAGCAGUGCAGAAAUUUGUUGUCCUGGAACUUGGUAUGACACUGGUUCCAGUGGCCAACCAAGGAGAAGCAGCACAAUUUAUUAUCCAGUUAGUGCACGAGCAGAUGAAAGAUGGAGCCAGUAACCCCUUCCUGAAUAAGAGAAGUCCCACACUCUUAGAGGCUUCUUUGUUCGAAACAGUUCAGCAGAUUCCUGGAGUUGGGAAAACGAAGGCCUUGCUUCUCCUCAAACAAUUUGGGAACAUCUAUCAGCUUUGUAACGCCUCUAUCCCAGAGCUUGAAGAAGUCGUUGGACGCACUCUGGCUCAGCAGAUCCAUACGUUCUUCACAUGUGCAAUAUAAUCUGAAUGUGUUGACCCCAAAGAUAAAAAUAAUGCAGGGGUACAAUGAUGCUUGUACUCCUGUUUAUGAAUGAUAUUGCUUCUUAUUUUUGACCCCUUUUCAAAAAAUAAUUGGGUUUCGUUCUUGAUGAAAAACACUUGUGGGUUGACACCUCAUGAGUAGUGUAAGAAGGGAUUUAUUUUAGCCCUUUUUGUGUUGUUGUAUCUGUAUUUUGUUCUGUACAGAUCUGACAUUAACUUGAAACUAUAAGGACAGGUAGACCUCCUACCAGAGAGUAAGACUGUGUUAAACACUACGCUAUAGCUAUCACUGAAAAACAGAGAAUUAGCUAUAGCAAUGACAUACUCUGUCUCUUUGAAAAAGAGCCAAAGGAGUAUAAGUCCUGCCGGAAGUAUCCUUUCUAACUUUAAAAGUCUGUUUUGAAUAUGUGUAUAAAAGGAUUGUUAAGUCUUUUUGAAUGCCAUUAAAGAAUUAACAACUCCCCUAAAUCUCAAUUUCUUGUGUGCUACAUCUAUAAUUUUGACUUUUUGUGUUGUGCACAUUUUAAUAGCCCUUUCAGUAGUAGUGGAGCAGUAUUUAUGGCAGAAAUAUAGCUGUGAGAACGAAAGGCAUGAAUUGUAAGGCAUGCUGCUUGCUGUUCAUUGCUCCAAACAUUCUAUGCUUUCUUUUUAGGGGCAUUUCA